AUGCGCCCCCGCGCCCCCGCCGCCGGGGUGUUCGGGCUCUGCUGCUUCCUCCUGCUGCUCCGGCCCGGACACGCGUGCCCCGCGGGCUGCACCUGCAGCGCCCCCCACACCGUGGACUGCCGCGAUCGCGGGCUCCCGAGCGUACCCGAUCCCUUCCCCCUGGACGUGCGCAAGCUGCUGGUGGCCGGCAACCGCAUCCAGCGGAUCCCGGAGGACUUCUUCAUCUUCUACGGCGACCUGGUGUACCUGGACCUGAGGAACAACUCGCUGCGCGCGCUGGAGGACGGCACGUUCAGCGGCUCCGCCAAGCUCGCCUUCCUGGACCUCAGCUACAACAACCUGACCCAGCUGCGCGCCGGCGCCUUCCGCUCGGCCGGGAGGCUGGUCAAGCUGAGCCUGGCCAACAACCGCCUGGCGGGCGUGCACGAGGCGGCCUUCGAGAGCCUGGAGUCGCUGCAGGUGCUGGAGCUGAACGACAACAAUCUACGCAGCCUCAACGUGGCCGCCCUGGACGCGCUGCCCGCGCUGCGCGCCCUGCGCCUGGACGGGAACCCGUGGCUCUGCGACUGCGACUUCGCCCACCUCUUCUCCUGGAUCCAGGAGAACACCUCCAAACUGCCCAAAGGCCUGGAUGCCAUCCAGUGCUCCCUGCCCACAGAGAACCGAAGGGUGGCUCUGCGAGAGCUGUCUGAGGCCAGCUUCAGCGAGUGCAAGUUCAGCCUGUCCCUCACGGACCUGUUUAUCAUCAUCUUCUCCGGGGUGGCCGUCUCCAUCGCUGCCAUCAUCUCCAGCUUCUUCCUGGCCACCGUGGUGCAGUGUUUCCAGAGAUGCACCCCAAACAAGGACACAGAGGACGAAGAUGAGGAUGAGGAAGACUGA